CGGGACGUUUGGCUUGCGAGCGGGAACGGCUUAGUCGUACACGGAGAAAGAACGAUUUUAAAAUGUGUGAUGUUGAGAAGGGCAAGAAGAUUUUUGUUCAGAAGUGUGCCCAGUGCCAUACUGUGGAAAAAGGAGGCAAGCACAAGACUGGGCCAAAUCUCCAUGGUCUGUUUGGGCGAAAGACAGGUCAGGCUGUCGGAUUCUCUUACACAGAUGCCAACAAGAACAAAGGCAUCACCUGGGGAGAGGAGACGCUGAUGGAGUAUUUGGAGAAUCCCAAGAAGUACAUCCCUGGAACAAAAAUGAUCUUCGCUGGCAUUAAGAAGAAGGGAGAAAGGGCAGACUUGAUAGCUUAUCUCAAAAAAGCUACUAAUGAGUAAUAGUUGGCCACUGCCUUAUUUAUUAUGAAACAAAUGUCUCAUGACUUGUUAUGUGUACCAUAUUUAAAUUGAUCUCAUACACUAGAAUUCAGAUCAUGAAUAGCUGAUGUAAUAUUUCUGUCCUGAUUUAAAUAAGAUUGGCUUGUGGCUAAAUGAAUAUGGUCAGCUUUUUGAAUUUUGAUAGUAAUUCUGGUUCAGCAAGUACUAUCACUGUUUUCCCCUUCUAAAGAGAUGAUUAAAC